GUAAACUUCUGGAGUUAGAGGGUCAACACUAAAGGAUAUGAAUUUUGUUUUUCCUUUAAAAUGCCUUCAGACGAUGAUAGCAGCAGCAACUCUUUGCCAAGCUCUUCCAACCCAUUGGCACGGCAGAGAAAACUGUACUUCCUGAAUCAAGAAUUACAGAUAAUGGCCAGGGAAUUACCAUUAAAAUAUCAGCAAAGAAUUCCGAACGAAUUACUAUGUGCUUUAGCAGAAUCUUUGUUGGACAAUACAGUCUUCAGUAUUGUUAAUACUCUAAUGGAUAUUCAACAUGUCACUGAAAAGCAUCUAUUUCAUGAGAGAUUACAAUUAAUUUAUAAUCAGUCAUUGGAGAUACAAGAAAUGAUGAUUACUCAUCACGAUGAAGCUGUUAGGUUUGCCAACACUAAUACAUUACAGUUGAAACACAAAAGAGCUUUGAAGGAAUUUGAUAAAAAUAUAAUUAAGCAGUUGGAUGAGAAAGUUCACGAUCAACAGAAGUUUCUAGAAAAAGCUGGAGUUCCUGGAUUUGAAAUUACUGACAAUCCAACUAAAAUUCAAGUUCAAAUUAGGUUAUUAGAUUUCAUCCUCAGAUUAAGUAGGAUGAAAAUGCCUGAGUGAACUGUUGGUUGGUAAAGAUAUUAGUUAUGAACAUUAUAUGAAUGUUUAUCUUUACACUCCUAUUCAAUUCAACAUAAUUCACUUGCAUUGUUAUGUUAAUUUUCUAAAAUCAUUACUUUGUCAAAGUCCAUAAAUUUUUAAUUUAAAUAUAAUAAUAACAAACAAAAAUAAUCAAACUUUUUAUCUAUGGUUGUUGACAUUAAUAAUUAAUCAUCAGAUAGUUUUCUUUAAUUUUGAGAAAUAAUUUGAUAGAAGUUGGCGCUAUCUGUUGUAACCUCAUCGUAGACAUUUUGGAUAACUUGUCGGUGCCAAUAUGGAUAGAUAAACUGCUGACAACAGUAAACUGGUACCAUAAAUAUUAUGGAGAAGAGUUGAAUUGUUGAAUAAAGAGUUAGUAUAAUAUAAUGUUGAAAGUAGGCAAUCUAGUGGUUAAAGUAUUGCUGGGUAGGUGGUGCCACCUUUAGGAUCCAGUUCAGGUACCAACUAGCUCAUAAAAUUUUCUCUUGAUAAAAAAUUAGUGUUUCGGCCAUGGAAGGGUUUACUAACUUAAGAGAUAAAUCAGGUAUUUAGAA